AUACAUAUUAUCCAGUUCUUUUCAAAACCACUUGUCCAGGUUUGCAACAUUCUAUUGUCCCAAAAUUAAAUUUUGAGUUUGGAUCUAAAGACUGUCCUCCUCCCGCUGCGCACGCAAUCAAUCACCUUCGGAUUCCAUUUUUUGGAUCCCCAAAAAAUUGUCACACAAAUUUUGGGUCAACUUACCAAUUACCGCACAAAUUGGCCUCUUACGUUCACAAAGGCGACCAAGAUUUGAGGAAUUGCUCAACUUCUAUGCCCUCUUCUUGUUCAACAACUUUGCCGGAACCCUCUCAAGUUUGAUCGGACGGGAAGUUCUCGAUUUCGAUUGGCGAAGUGCGGUAGGUCCUGGCUCAUUACUUCGUUAUUUGAGCAAAGCUCAAAUCCUCCCUAAGGCGUGAGGCACAACUAGUGUGUGUGUGAGAGAGAGAUAUUUAAUGAUUGUUGCACCCACAACAUCUGAAUCAGCAGCUCCAAAUGGCGACUGGUUUGGUCCGACGAGCAAUAGCUAGGGUUCAGUCAUCAGCUUCGGCGGCGAAACUGGUGAUAAGCCGGGCCCAUGCAUCGGAGUCCCAAGCCCAGCAAGUGGAACCCCAAGCGAAGAGCACUCACAGCCUGAAGACCUUCCAGAUCUACCGAUGGAACCCAGACGACCCCCAAAAGCCGGAGCUCAAAGAUUACCACAUCGACCUGAAGGAGUGUGGGCCCAUGGUGUUGGACGCCUUGAUUAAGAUCAAGAAUGAGAUCGACCCAUCCCUGACCUUCCGCAGGUCUUGCCGGGAAGGGAUCUGUGGGUCCUGUGCCAUGAACAUCAACGGCUGCAAUGGCUUGGCUUGCUUGACCAAGAUUGAUUCUGAGGGGUCAUCUGCCACCACCAUUACACCGCUCCCCCAUAUGUUUGUGAUUAAGGAUUUGGUGGUGGACAUGACCAACUUCUAUAAUCAGUACAAGUCCAUUGAGCCGUGGCUGAAGAGGAAAACUUCCCCGGUCACCCCUGGGAAAGAGAUACCGCAGUCCAAGAGCGAUAGGGCUAAGCUGGAUGGGAUGUACGAAUGCAUUCUGUGUGCCUGCUGUAGCACUUCCUGCCCCAGUUACUGGUGGAACCCUGAGUCCUAUCUUGGCCCUGCAGCCCUCCUCCAUGCCAACCGUUGGAUAAUGGACAGUCGUGACGAAUACACCAAGGAACGCCUGGAUGCAGUGAACGAUGAGUUCAAACUUUAUCGAUGCCAUACAAUUUUGAAUUGUGCCAGGGCCUGCCCAAAGGGACUGAAUCCUGGGAAGCAAAUCCAAAACAUCAAGAAACUUGAGCUUCUUGGUUCUUGAGAAAGUUAUAGUAUAUCUGUGCUGAUCUCUCCUGAGAUUAUUUUGAGGGACUCAGCAGAAGUUGUUUGAGAAAUUAGAUGGUAGUAUAUCUGUUUGAGAUCUCUCCUGAGAUUAUGCAGUGUUUGUAAUCUGCUAAUUCAAUUAGAUUAGAUGUGCUUUGUACUUGAAACAUAGGAAUGCCUUUGUUUCAAAUAAAAUUUUUUUUGUGGGACCACUAUAACUCGUGUUAAACAGGGUAUGUAUUCUGUCUUUUUCUUUUCCAAUACACUUUUUGCUUUUCUGUUGAUA